UUGAAAAUAUUUACAAGAAUUUUCUUGCCAAAUUUGGAUUUUUUUUUAAAUAAAAUUUUUAAGGAAUUAUUGGAAUUUCUCCCUGAAGGUUUUGCAAAUUUUCAAAAAUUUGGGGAAUUUUUUUGCAGGAUUUUUGGAUUUUUUUCAGACAAGGAAACAAUAUUUUUUGAUGCCCAUAAAUAAGGACAGCAGGAGGGUUAAAUGAAAGCAAAAUAUUUAAGAUUUCAUGUUUUCUGCCUUAACAGUUGCUUUAACUUUUUGGGUUUUUUUGUGGACUACAAAAGUUAAAUUUGAAUUCAAGUUUAUUCAGUUUAUUGUUCAAAUAAACACUGAUUAGUUCAUGAUUACGCCAUGAGAGCGACAUGUUCCUGCUUACAUCAGUGUUGAAAUACAAUCCUGUUUUUUGCUUUUCAGGUGACGCACUGAUAUCAGAAGCACACAUUUACGCUUCGCCGACAGUGAAAGAUCAGAGAGUUUCACAGCUCCAGAGUUUACCAGAUGUGCUGAUAAUCAUCUCUCGCUCCUUCUGUGCUCCAGGCGUCUCUGUGUCUCCCUCUCAUGCAUGUUCAUGUCAUGCAGUGAUACAAAUAUGGACAGAUAUGUUCACACUCUGCUGGGAGCUGAUACUCCUGCUGCUUGUCCUGGUUCAACAGAGCAUGGAGAGACCUCUGUUCACACUUAUGUCGCCGUCUGAUCCUCGUCUGCAUUCUUCCCUACAGGAGCUGAUAACCACAAACCAGAGCUGAAACAAUUCACAAACACACACACAGAAGCAGGCGGUAUCCUGUGAUAGAUCCACUAUCGGCACCUGACACCUCGAAAACAGGAAAAACGUUUCAGCAGGAACACAGAUGUCGGAGUGUUUGGGGGAGGAGCAUGAAAACCACUAUAAAGCUGCUGGAGAUGGAAAUCUGAGCUUCACUCUGCUCAGAGAGGAGAAGAACUGUUCCCAUCAUGUCGUACUAUGAGCACAUCCUGGUGGACUACGACUACAACGACACAGGUUCUGGGUCUGGUUCUGGUUCUGGGUACCUGGGAGUGGAUCUGGAGGAGCCAUGUGAUGUGGAGCAUGUGAUGACGGCAGAGCUGCAGCAGGUCUUCUUGCCUGUGGUCUACGCCCUCAUCUUCACCCUGGGCAUCACCGGGAACGGCCUGGUGGUCAUCGUGCUGGGCUGCCAGCGCAGGUCUAAAUGCAGCCUCACGGACCGGUACCGCCUCCACCUCUCAGCGGCUGACCUCCUCUUCGUCCUGGCGCUGCCGUUCUGGGCCGUGGAUGCAGCUCUGGCUGACUGGCGCUUCGGAGCCGCCACCUGUGUCGGAGUUCAUGUGAUCUACACGGUGAACCUGUACGGCAGCGUCCUCAUCCUGGCCUUCAUCAGCCUGGACAGAUACCUGGCAGUGGUCCGAGCGACUGACACAAACACCGGUGGCCUGAGACAGCUGCUGGCUCAUAGGCUGGUGUAUGUAGGAGCCUGGUUACCAGCCGGCCUGCUCGCAGUCCCAGACUUGAUAUUUGCCCGAACAGAAGAAGGAGGAGAAGGAUCCACUCUGUGCCAGCGCUUCUACCCGGAAGACAACGCUCCUCUCUGGGUCGCCAUCUUCCACCUCCAGCUGGUCCUGGUGGGUCUGGUGAUCCCGGGCCUGGUUCUGCUGGUGUGCUACUGCGUCAUCGUCACCAGGCUGACCCGAGGCCCGCUGGGCGGCCAGAGGCAGAAGCGUCGGGCGGUCAGGACCACCAUCGCUCUGGUGCUCUGCUUCUUCGUGUGCUGGCUGCCCUACGGAGCCGGCAUCUCCGUGGACGCCAUGCUGCGCCUGGAGGUCCUGCCGAGGAGCUGCAGGCUGGAGGCGGCUCUGGGCGUGUGGCUGGCGGUGGCCGAGCCCAUGGCCUUCGCUCACUGCUGCCUGAACCCGCUGCUGUACGCCUUCCUGGGGGCCGGGUUCAAGAGUUCAGCCCGCAGAGCUCUCACCCUGAGCCGGGCCUCCAGUCUGAAGGUUUUACCGCGAAGACGCCACGGGGCCUCCACCACCACAGAGUCCGAGUCCUCCAGUUUACAUUCCAGCUAGGGUUUGCUGCUGUAUGGAUACUGUAGAUAGUGUAUAUAAGUGUGGGAAAGUUUACGCAAAGUAUCUGAGAACAUAAGGAGCAGUCUGCUGGCUCAGGACUUCUCUUCUCAUCAUGUGGUUUCUUUUGUAAAUAGUGUUUUUAUGCUGCUGUGCUUUUACACUGUUGUGGAUGUUUGUAAUAAAAUUGACAAAAUACU